CACACGUAAAACGCGGGGAGUUGGCCACACUAAAGAAGAAGAGAAGCGGGAGAGGAAAGCAGACGCCACAAAAUUGGUUAAAAAUUCUUCAAUCCAGGAUCUAAAAGUCAAUUCGACUGCAAUGGGAAAAGAAAAGGCUGGCAAGUCCUUCAGCAUCGGCGACCUGGUGUUCGCCAAGGUCAAGGGCUAUCCCGCGUGGCCGGCAAAGAUCACCAAGUACAACAACAAGAAGUACAAUGUUUACUUCUAUGGCACGGGCGAGACGGCCAAUAUCAAGUUGGAGGAUCUAUUCUCCUACGUGGACAACAAGGAAAAGUUUGCCACAGACAAGAAUAUGAAGCGCGCCAAAUUCAGCGACGCCAUCGACCAGAUCGAAAGUGCUUUGAGCGGCGAGGACUCGGCACCUAUCGAUUUGUCCGCCGCCGAAGAGGGAGCCUCUACCCCCGCCGCCGCCACCGCUGGCUCCGAGACCCCGGCUCCCGCCAAGAAGUCCGAAGAGGUAACCAAGCCAGAGACUUCUGCUUCCGCUGCAACUGUCGGAGGCGAAAAACCCAAAAAGACACCAGGAGGUUCCCGCAAGAGCAAGGCACCUCCACGCCAUGUGGACGGCGACACUGAUGCGGCAGCCGUGCCGGAUGCCUCGGGUUCUGCCGAUGCUCCGCCGCCGCCAAAGCGUCGGGUGCCGCCGGAGGGAUUGAAUGCAACACCCAAUGCCGCCUCUGCAACGGCCUCGCCUGCUACACCAGCUGCUGGCGCCACCAACCGUCAGAAGUCGGUUAAGAAAUCGAAACCGACAGCAGCUGUAACUCCCAUCCAGAAGCGCUCCAGGCCAGUAAAUAACAUCCAGAACGACAUGCUGAUGGUAUACCUGCCGACGGCCAAGUGCCUGGGCAUUGAUCUCAACUACAACAAGCCGGAGAUCUUUGAGAGUGCCGCCGCCGAGCAGGCCUGGUUAGAGAAGUCACGCUUAGAAGCCAUGGAGCUAAAGGUGAAGCUGGAGAGUGGUCAAAUUGAGCCAGAAUCCAUGCCAGAACGCAUUAUUGUGGAGCCGGCACGCAGCGAGAUACCGAAGCAGGAGGCCAUGCGGUUUAUUGAGGAGCUAAUUGAUCAUGAGGAUGCACUGUUUAGUGAACGUGACUUCAUCCAGCUCUCCCAGCAGCUGCGCGAAUGCUUGGGCUUGCGGCGAGCCAAUGUGGGCAAGUGCCUAGAGAUUCUGGAGAUGUUCAAGGAUGUGGAGCUCAACAAGUUGAUGUUGUUACGCAAUCCCGAGUGUGUGGACAUAAUGCGACGCCUGCGUCGCUAUGUUGGCAACUUGGAACUCUGGAAAAUGGACCUCUGCGACGAGGUGGAGUUCAAGGAGAAGGCUCAGAUCAUACGCAAAGUUUCCGCCUCCAUAUAUGACGGCUUUAAGUCGCUGUUCAAUUCGGAAAAUGAAUACGAGGACAACUUCUGGAUAGAGUUUUGUGAGAAGGUGAAAAUCUACAAGACGUACACGAAGAAUAUGAAUGAGAACCUGCGAGUGGGUAUGAACGAGCGUGGCUACAACAAUCUGGUUGAGGCCAAAGAAGGCGCCGCCGCGGAAGCGGCUCAAAAAUAGAUUAUCAGUGUUUUUUUUGGACAAGAUCUGCAAGUCCAACUGUUAGAUCUAAGCGUAAAGAUCCGGGCAUCCUAGCCCCAAAAAGCUCCCGACGACGAGUGCUAAUUGCUUACUUUCUAGGAUUAAGUUUAAUGCAGUUUACUUACUCUGAAUACCGUGUGGAUACCAGUAGCAUAUCUACGCUCUUGUACAUCAAUAAGUAGUUAUAUUUCAGCUUCCUUUAAACCGUACAUACAUAUAUAUUUAGCAUAUGUGUGCAUAGAAGUUCAAUGAUUAAUAAUGAAUUCAACCAGAGAUGGUAAAUAAUCUAAUUGAAGCUAUCGUUUUCAUUUGUUUUCAAUUAAUCUUCGGUUAGAAUAAACAAUAAAUACACAAAUGUGCAGUGAAGCUGCAUUCGUAAACCCUUUA